GUAGAGGCAUUUGAGAUCAGCAUAAAAAUUUCCCUUCAAAUGUCCGAUUUUGACAUUUCAUUGUAGCCUUCAUGUCUUCUUCUUUUUUUCUUCUUUUUUCCUUAUUUUCUUUCUUUCGCCAAUUGUCAAGUUUCCGUUAAAUAUGGCUGACACACAAGCAAAACCCGCUGCUGCACCAGCGUCAAAGGCCCCAAAGGCGGCUAAGGCUCCCAAAGCUAAAGCGCCCAAGAUCGAGAAACCUACCGCCCCUGUGGCUGCACCCAAAUACAAGCGACAUGGACGUUUGUUUGCCAAGGCAGUGUUCACUGGUUACAAGCGUGGUCUGCGUAAUCAGCACGAAAGUCAGGCUAUCUUGAAGAUUGAAGGUGCUCGUCGUAAGGAACACGGUCAAUUCUACAUUGGCAAGCGUUGUGUGUAUGUUUACAAAGCUAAGACAAAGAAGUGCGUGCCACAACAUCCAGAACGCAAGACCAGAAUCCGCGCCAUCUGGGGUAAAGUGACCCGUCUGCAUGGUAACACUGGAUCCGUGCGUGCACGUUUCAACAGAAAUUUGCCUGGUCACGCCAUGGGUCACCGCAUUCGCAUUAUGUUGUACCCAUCGAGAAUUUAAGUUAUUAUGUUAAUAAUUAACUUUAAUCUGACCUGCAACCUGUUUUUUAAACAAAUAAAAAAAUUAUCUUUAAAUUUAAAAAACAAA